AUGUCUCGGGCAGGAACCUGGAUGAAGAUGCUCGGCGUCGGCAUCGUCAUCUGUGUCGGCGGUCCGGCUUUCGUUCAAUACAUCCGUCCUACCGACGAAGAAUUGUUCAAGCGUUAUAACCCGGAUCUUCAGAAGCGGAGUUUGGAGGAAGGGGAUCGCCGGGCUCGGGAAUUCGAUGAAUAUGUUACCCGGUUGAAGCAAUGGUCGAAGUCUGAUAAGUCGAUCUGGUACGCGGCGCAGGAACAACAGGAACAGAAGCGCGUGGAGGCGGAGGUACAACGGAACCAGGCUAGGGAUGAUGCGAAGGUACAACGUGAGGAGAUGAGGAAGGAAUUGUUGGGUGAGAAAUAG